AGGCUGCAACAUCAACCAGUUCAGCCUGAGAUCUCUUCCCGUGUGGAGCAAAUCGAUUCCCGGUGCAUCUGUGUCCGAAACCAAGAGCUAACAAUGAACUUCACCAAGCUGUUCAUCCUGGUGGCGAUUGCGGUCCUGGUGGUCGUUGGCGUACAGCCAGUCGAUGGUGCGCCGCGGUGGAAGUUCGGCAAGCGGUUGGAGAAGCUCGGACGUAAUGUGUUUCGGGCGGCUAAGAAAGCGCUGCCCGUCAUUGCCGGCUACAAAGCUCUUGGAUAGGAUGUGAUCCCGACCCGACCGCUCAACUAGUGAUACAGAACGUGCAAACGUAGCGCAGUGACACCCUACUCCUAAUGGUAUCCAUUAUCAAAAUGUUUCACUGAUCAACCCGCAGUGGUAUUAAUCGUAAGACUGAAAGAGGUCACCGCCUCCGCCGGCUCGGUGGAGUGAUAUUGGCAAACAGCUGCAUCGACAAUGUCCACGUUUUACUGUGUGUGUGUGUGUAUGUUUGUUUGGUCUACUGAUUUACAGUAUUUUUUUAUAUAUAUCUGAGGGAUAAUAAAUAGAGCAUAAUAACGUACUGAA